AACGCUUGUAAUUCGUGACACCGGAACGCGGCAAAGCCUCUAAAUAAAAACAUGUGGGUUUUAACAAUAAAGAUAUGGUCACACAAAAGCGCAAAUUUCUUAAAAAAAGGAAACUUCUGAAAGACGUCACCUUAUUAAUAUGAAGAAAAACAGCCAAAUAUUUUGGAUUAACUGCAUGUUGCUAUUGAUAAGCAGUGUAGAAGGUGACUCAGACGCUAAUCUGAAAAUCAUGGAUCAGAUGCUUAGUGGCAUCGAUGAUAAGGGCAAGCCGUGCCAGAAUUUCUACAACUCCUCCCAAAAGAAUCUUAAAUGGGGUGAAUCACCAAUUGUAAAUACACAGUUUCAAAUUCUUUUUGAUGGACUAAAUGAUGAAAUCUUUAAAGAGCAUAGCUUAGAGGAGAAAGUGCGUCGGUUCUACACAAUUUGCCAGGGCUGGUCGAAAGCAGCACGUCCUGUAAAGUACUUUGAGCUGGUGCCGCCUGGUGAGAACCUAUCGUGGCCCCAUCUCACACCCGAUGGAAGUGAAUGGCCCAAAGAAAAGUUCAAUUGGAUAGAGACCCUGGCAAGACUUCGUAGGUAUGGCAUGAAUGACGUUAUGUUGGGCAUGAAUGUAAGACUAGAUAAGGACACUAGUCAGCACGUUGUGGUUUUUGAAAAAAAGUAUGAUUUUAAAUUCCGCUUCUUGGAAUCAUUACUUCGUCUUGGCCUAUCUCCGAAAUUGGUAAUGGAGUUAUCGCCUCUGGAUACUGCGCUUCAAAAAAUGGUUAUAUCAGAUACAAAGUGGGAAAAUUUGGCAAAGAGUGAUACAAAUCGAUUCAGUCUACGAAAUCUGGAUUCGGCUGGUUUGUCCCUGAGCAAAUACCUCGAGAUCGUCUUUGGUCACCAAUUCCCACCGGAUUUUAAAGUGCAGGUGGAGAGUCUACACUACUUGUUGUAUCUGCAUGAAUUAAUGGAAACCGUCGAUAGCCAGAUCGUGGCCAAUUAUCUUAUGGCACGCUUCCACUUUUUCACAAUUUUCACGCUGGGCAAAUCAAGUUAUGGUGGGACCAAAUCUUGCGUGAAUGCCAUGCGCUUUUGCUUGGAAUUCGCUAGCAAUCUACUAUACGAGGAGCGCAUUCUGGGACGCAAAAGGUUACGAAGCCACCAGAACCAGGUCGGAAAGGUCUUUGAAGCCAUGCGCAACCAGCUUACCAUCAGGGUGGAACGGAACUCGCUAAACUUGACGACCUUUGAAAUUACGUCCCUCCAGAAGUGGCUGAAAACCUUGACUCUGAGUAUUGGAAACAUACCGGGAAAAGCCGGGCAUCGCCGUUUCGUAACCGAUUUUUAUAAGGAACUUGAAUUUGAUGCCGACGAGGAUUUUGAGACAGCCCAUCUGAAAGUUUUGGAGCUGCGAACGCGUGCCGAGCUGAGUCUACUAGACCAACCAGUGACUAAGGGUAGGCGGUAUAUUUUCCAUUCUUAUCCCAUCUCAAAUUAUUUUUUUGGAACCGAAAUCGAGGAUAAGGGAAAUGUUAUUUAUUUGUCUUAUGACCUUUUGGCUGAUCCUUCUUAUGAUCCCGACAGCCACGAUAUCUUUAAAAUAAUUCCCCUGGGAAUCCGCUUUGGAAUUAAUAUACUAACAGGUUUGAUUGCACUAAAAUGUAAAGACCACGACGCCAAUUUGCUUAACUUAUUUGAUGAUAACCAGAUUAUCACCGCAGGGCCCAUGUGUUCAAACUUAUGGGUUCAAGAUAGGUCGCAUGGAAUUCGCGAGCAGUACCUCCUAGUCCUUAAUUUGGCUCACGAAGCUUACUUCGCAGAGGGCUCAAAAUUUAGCCAAAGGCAGCCGAACUUUACCACAAUGUCCCUAAGGGAGUUGUUCUUCUUCAGGUUUGGGCAGAGCAUUUUCGGCAAAUAUCUGUAUUCCGAAAGUGAUUUCGUUAAAGGAGGUCCACCCACUAAUUCUGUAACAAUGCUACCUGCCUUUGUCCAGGCUUUUAAUUGUCAAGAUCCCAUUCCAUUCGGAUAGAGAUUAAGAAAGUUGUGGUCAAGCACAGAUGUUCUCAAAGAAGGAAAGUCCAACACAAUUAUCUUAUCUACCUCAUUAAACACAGGGAUACAAUAGCAUAGGAACAAAAUACGAAUUAAGGGAUGGUUUUAUAUAUUACCUAAACAUUGUUCUGAGUACUGAUUUAAGUAAUAAAGUUUUAACUGACGUCACUCAAAAGAA